AUGGCCUGGCAGGGGCUGGUGUUGGCAGCCUGCCUCUUCGUGUUCCCCCCUGCCACUGCGGACUGCCCAUCGCACUGUUCCUUGUGUGCCGUCAAGACCCGUGAUGGACCCAGGCCCGUCAAUGCCCUGGUAGGUUUCAGGUGCCCUGACGCCGAGCGGAGGGCCGACGCCCCGCCGGGCGAUGGCGCCGCGGAAGCCGGCGCCCCAGACCUCCACGCGGAGGAUCCCAGGGCGCAGGUCAAACGCUACGGGGGCUUUCUGCGCAAAUACCCCAAGCGGAGCUCAGAGGUGGCGGGGGAGGGCGAGGGCGAGGGGGGCAGCAUGGGCCACGAGGACUUGUACAAACGCUACGGGGGCUUCCUGCGGCGCAUUCGUCCCAAGCUCAAGUGGGACAACCAGAAGCGCUAUGGCGGUUUCCUCCGGCGCCAGUUCAAGGUGGUGACACGGUCUCAGGAGGACCCCAACGCCUACUCCGGAGAGCUUUUCGACGCAUAA